AUGUCUGCACAGCAGGGAAAAGAUGCCAUCAACAAGAUUCUGAAGAAUUCCAAAGGAGCUGGAGCCGGACUUGGUCUCCUUGCUGUCGCCGGAGCUGGAGCAUAUGCUAUCUCUCAGUCCAUGUUCACAGGUGAGUUUGUUUCUUUCAUCAUUGAACAUUCAAAUUUUUAGUGGACGCUGGUCACAGAGCUAUCAUGUUCAACAGAAUUGGUGGUCUGAGUGAAGAUGUCUACAAAGAAGGGCUUCACUUCAGAAUCCCGUGGUUUCAGUAUCCGAUCGUGUAUGAUAUCCGUGCCAGACCCAACCAAGUCCGAUCUCCCACUGGAUCCAAGGAUCUUCAGAUGGUAAAUAUUGGCCUUCGAGUCCUCUCCAGACCUGAUCCGAACUCUUUGACCAAAAUCUACAGGACGUUGGGCAUAAAUUGGGAAGAGAGAAUCCUGCCUUCCAUUUGUAAUGAAGUACGUUUUUGAUGUGUUAGGCGAUUUGUUGUCGUUCUGCACGGUUUCAUGUUUUCUAUUAUUUUAGGUAUUGAAAGGAGUUGUUGCGAAAUUCAACGCGUCUCAAUUGAUCACACAGCGUCAGCAAGUUUCUCUUCUGGUCAGAAAAGGAUUAAUUGAAAGAGCAUUGGACUUUAACAUUAUUCUUGAUGAUGUUGCCCUUACCGAAUUGGCGUUCUCUCCGCAAUACUCGGCUGCUGUUGAAGCUAAGCAAGUAGCUGCCCAAGAAGCGCAGAGAGCUUCGUUCCUGGUUGAGAAGGCCAUUCAACAGCGUCAAGAGAAGAUUGUACAAGCUGAGGGAGAAGCUCAAGCAGCCAAAUUGGUAAGUGAUAUCGGUUAAUGAAGGGAUCGUUGAGAAUCUUGACAACCUUUCGUGACAGUUUAAAGGAUUGUUGUAAAACCAACGUAGAUGAUUUGAUUGCUGGAACUAAUUUAAUCGCGAAAUGCUGCCAUUAACUUUUUAAGCAAGCAAUCUACAUUAUAUUAUUUUAGCUGGGAGAAUCGAUGAAACAAGAUCCCGGCUUUUUGAAACUUCGAAAGAUCCGUGCCGCUCAGAAGAUUGCCAGGAAUGUGGCGUCAUCUUCCAACAAGGUCUACCUCCCUUCAGAUGGCCUUAUGUUGAACAUUGCCGAUAGUGAAUAUCUGAAUUUCAGUAAGGAUAAACAACGUCGAGGAUACCUGUAA